AAGACUUUCAGGAAUCAGCAGAAAGCACACAUGCCUUUGAUGUGCUUGGGGAUAAUGCCUCUGACACUCCAGAAAGUGUCAUGUCUAUGAAAGCAGAGUGUCCAAUUUGCGAGAAGAUGUUUUCAAGUGACCUGCUGGAAAUCCAUGCAAGCUACUGUGGUGAAAGAGCCUCUAAUGCAUCAAAUCCAACCACAUUGGAUGACUCAGAGUUGGUCCCAAAAAGACUGAAAACACAUACAGACACAAAAAGCAUUGCAGACAUCAUCAAAUGCCUUAAUGAAAGAGUUGAUGAAACAAGCAUCUUCAACAUUAGUGUAACAAGGGAAGAUAUACUGGAAAGGGGGCUGAAACAAUGGCAGCGCCAGAAAAAAUCAUCGCCCCGUCAUCCCCUUAGAGUUUCUUUUAUUGGGGAGCCUGGAAUCGACAGCGGAGCACUGAGGAAGGAAUUUUUAACAGACAUGGUUUCAGGUAUUGAGACACGUUUCUUUGAAGGAGGAGAGAGCGGUAAAAACCCCAAGUAUUCAAUGAUUGACGUGGAUAAACACAACUUCCAAACAAUAGGAGAAAUAUUUGCAGUCAGCAUCACACAGGGUGGACCACCACCAAACUUUUUAAUGCAGUGGUGCUACAAGUACAUGUCAAAUGGGGAAAUCGACCAGGAUGGAUUAAAUGAAAAUGAUGUUACUGACCCUGAACUUAUGGAACUCAUGAAAGAGAUUAAAGAAGCAGAUGAAACAACACUGAUGACCUACACCGACAGGAUUUUGUUGUGUGGAUACACGGGACCAAUAACCAUUCAAAAGAAGGAAGACAUCCUUUGGUAA